AUGAACACCAAAUCUUUCACCUCCUGCCCCACCCUCUCCUUCCCCCUCACCACUCUCCUCCUAACCCUCUUCUUCAUCUUCCUCCUCUACAUUCCCCGCCUUCUAUAUCUCUAUCUGCGAGCCUACAUUCUCUAUUUCUGGAAACGUAACAUGGCGAAGCGGAUAUCGCAUUUUGAGGCGCUGGAUCUGGCGCGUGUGGAGAGGGGGGAGAUGAAUGGGGAUGGGGAUGGGAAUGGAGAUGGAGAUAGGAAGAGAAAAUCAACACAAAGAUGGACCUGGGAUCUAGAGAAAGAAAACGCCGAAGCAGAAGCAAAAGAAGAAGAAGAAAAUGAAUGGGUGACGAAGGGGGAGAUGGCGAAGGGGUGGGUUUGUGAGGGAGAGGAGAAGGGGGAGGAGAGUAGGAGAAGAGUGGCGGUAGAGAGUGGGUGGUUGCAUUUUGUGGGGAGGGAUGAGGAUGGGGAGGGGAAUGGGGAGGGGAAUGGGGGCGAGGAGAAGAAAAAGGAGAAGGAGGGGUGGUCUGAGAUUCGCAUGGAGAAGGAGAUUGAUGCUUGA